CUUCUAACAAGCUGAACUAAAAAAAUGCAUUUAAAAUUAUCGCUUUAUUCUCUAACAAUAUGGCUGUUUCAUCUGCUGAUCCUGGAGGGCGAAUCCAGCAAAAUUUUAGGCGUUUUUCCGACGGUAGGGGGCAGUCACUACAUAAUGUCCCAUUCUCUGAUGAAAGGAUUAGCCGAAGCCGGUAAUAACGUCACAAUUAUUUCCCCUCACGCUGAUAAUACUCUUGUGAAAAACGGCUCGUACACGCGUAUAGUUCUGAAAGGGUUUGCUGAAAAUUACCAGAAUGAUAUGAAACACCUGAAUCUGUUCGAAGUAAAAGAUUUCAAUAACCACAAUCAAGAAGCCAUUUUCCAGAAGUACAUGUACCAGAAAACUGAAAUGAUAUUCAGAGACGAAGGCGUUUGGAAAUUGAUAGAAUCCAACGAAACCUUCGACGCAGUCAUUGUGGAGCAAUUCUCCAACGAUGCCCUGAAAGUUUUAGCCAACGUUUUCGGCGGUCAUUUAAUCGUAUUCGAUCCGAUAGGUCCUUUUAAUUUCGUGAAUAGAUUGAUUGGUAACCCCACCAUGGUGUCUUAUAAUCCUCAAGUGGUCAGCACGUUUCCCAGACCCAUGAGUUUUAAGGAUAGGCUCCACAAUCUCCUCCUCUAUUCGUACGAAGAAGUGAUGAAUCAUUUCGUAUUUUUACCAACGCAGGACCGGCUGGUAAAGAAGUACUUUCCCGGCGCUCCUAGCAUAAGAGAUAUCACUACUAACGUGUCAUUGGUGCUGCUAAAUUCACACGAAAGUACUUGGCAAACAGUUCCUUUAGUACCAAAUGCUGUGCCUAUUGGAGGGUUCCACAUAGCACCUCCCAAAGAGUUGCCUAAAGAGAUUAAAGUGUUUCUGGAUGGUGCUACAAACGGAGCGAUUUUGUUCAGUUUGGGUACUAAUUUGAAAAUUUCCGAUAUGGAUGAGAGGCGGAAGAGCAUGUUCCUGAACGUCUUCGCUAAAUUGGAUCAGAGAAUUUUAUGGAAAGCUGACGAAAAUAUAUCUUCGCUACCUCCACACGUGAAAAUAGUGCGUUGGUUGCCUCAAAUGGACGUGCUGGCGCAUGAUAGUAUUAAACUUUUCAUCACACACGGAGGACUCCUGAGCUUGACGGAAAGUGUUUACAAUGGCGUACCGAUAUUGGCGAUUCCUGUUUACGGGGACCAAGCGACAAACGCUAACAAUGCAGUAAAAGCUGGAUUCGGAUUGUCGAUAAAUUACCAUGAUCCUGAUUUUAACGAGGAUAAAUUGAUGUUAAGUAUUACGGAGCUCCUUCGGAAUAACCAGUAUAAAACAAACGCGUUGAAAUUGUCGAAGGUUUACCAUGAUAGGCCGGUGAAUCCCCUCGAUUUAGCGGUUUACUGGGUAAAUUUUGUAAUUCAACAUAAUGGUGCACCGCAUCUUCGAGUUGACGGGUUAUAUUUACAUUGGUAUCAAUAUUUACUAAUAGAUGUAAUUGCGUAUAUUUUUAUUCAAUUAAUUGUAGUCGCUAUGUUGUUAACAUUGUUUCUGAAAUUUGUACUUAAGGCUACAAUCAGAAGAAACAAGAAAAUGAAACAGCAAUAAUUUAAUACUAAAAUACAUAAUUUUUAGAAAUUACUUUCGACCUCUUCCACUUUUCCACGUAUUACAUAACCGACAUUUCUCCUACAACAUCUUAAUUCUUCUUGAAUUUUCUCCAUCGUUUUUAACUUUGUCUCCGGCAGGAAUUUGAACAACAAACAGAACCCGACGAAGGAGCUAAGAGAACCAAUAAAAAACACAACAUACAUUCCUAACCAGUACACCAAGAAACUUUUUAAAAAACUGAACAAAACAAAAGCGAUAAUUGAGAAUGAAUUUAUCAUGCACAAGGCGGCUCCUAUUAUAUUAGAGGGAAAUAUUUCGGCAGUUAAUAUCAUGCGUAUCAUAUUCACCACACCGUAAUACGCAAUGGAGCAAGUGUAAAGCGGUACUAAUUGCAGGUACUCCAGUAUUGCACUAUGCUCAUCGACGAAAUAAUCUUUUAUUAGUAAAAUUAUUCCAUUCGGUAACUGGCUAAUAGCAAUCGUACCUACAGCAAGUAGUAGUAAAGGUCUUCUGCCCACACGAUCUGAUAGAAACAACGUGAAUAAUGGAGUUAGGUAUAGAAUUACAGUAAAAACAAGUAUCACUAUUCUCGAGUAGUUACUCCAAGAGCUUGCAUCCUGAAAGGCCAUGACACUGUAAGAGAAAGCUUCCAUCGAUCCGCUUAGAACUUGCGUUAGAACGACCAACAGCGAUAUGAGCAAACAUUUCAAAUACGUUCUAUUUUUGAAUAAGUAUAUGAUGCUUCUUUGUCUGCCGUCUUGUUCCAUCCCUUGCCUGAUUCGAUCCAUUUCUUCGGUCACAUCGCGUUUUCUUCGUAGCUUCGAUAGGUUAUUCACGGCCAAAGCGUGGUUUCCGUGCAACAUGAAUUGAUACGGGCUCUCCGGGAGAAAAACUAAUAGCACCGCCAUAAUUACAGUAAAAGUAGACGAAAUAUAGGCUAACAUUGAUGAGUCUGUGGUCGCGUAAGGCAGAAGAAGCGUCACUAAAAUCGUCCCGUAACUUUGAGUCGCUGCGAAAGUACCGACGAGGAAUCCUCUAAUCUUCGCCUCUGCUAUUUCCGCCAAAUAAACCGGCACUGCUGUGAAAAGAGCUCCGCUCAUAACGGCCGCUAUGGCUGUAGCGAUGAACACGUAAAUUUUGUUAUUGCCUGUCGCUAAUAAGAUCCAGGAUACAGUCAAUGGCGUUGCGGUCAUUAAAAUUAGAUUCUUCCUUCCGAUCUGAUUUAUAAUCAAAGCCGCUAGGACGGUGCCUAUCGCAGAAACUACUGAAUAUGCGAACAGUAACCAUGAAAUUUCAGUAUGUUUUAAUUUGUAACCGUAACUACCACUAUCUAAAUCAUGUAUGGCAAAAAUUGGCCAUAUGUGGCUUAUAGAAAUAGAA